CCCCAAGGUCCCAAACUUACCAGAACUCAAGAGGAACCACAGCAAGGCAAAAAUCAGCAGCCAAAUCAGAGGCCCAGGCGACCUGGGGAGCCCACCGCGAGCACUCCGGCUGCUGUGACCGGGUAUCCCAAUGCCCAGGUGUGACAUGGGUCAGGACGUGGUCAAGAGGAGUCCCAGGCGACAGAACCACGGGUUGGAUCAGGGCUGCUGCUAAAGCUUUGGAAAGAAAAGACGAAGAAAGGUCUGUGCUGAUUUGCAUCUGGGUGAUCCUUCCCCGUCCUGAACUUCCGGGUGCAGAAAAAGUGAUUUGACCUCGGAUUGUCUCUAGAAGAAGGGACAGAAAGAGCCUAGAACAUUCCCCCAGAUGUUCCAGCUGUGACUUCUCCACCGCCCCUCGAUGGGACCGCUGGAAAGGCCAUCCACUGGCUGGAAACACAAGGAAGUGGAGAUGCAAGUUGGUCCCCAGCCUGAUGAGAAGAUCAGGGUGGGGAGGUCUGGAGACAGGAGCGCUGCCCCCGCCCCCCUUCCCCCAGCCCUGUCCUUCCUCUUCCUCUUGCCACUGGCCAGCGCCAUACAGCCCACCUCACUGCCCUUCCCAGAGCUGAGGCUGGUGGGGGGCCCGAGCCGCUGCCGGGGACGCCUGGAGGUCCUGCAUGGCGGCUCCUGGGGCAGCGUCUGCGACGACGACUGGGACGUGGUCGAUGCCAACGUGGUGUGUCGUCAGCUGGGCUGCGGCCUGGCCCUGCCGGUGCCUCGGCCCCUCGCUUUUGGCCAGGGCCGAGGCCCCAUCCUGCUGGACAACGUGGAGUGUCUCGGGCAGGAAGUUGCGCUGAGCGAGUGUGGCAGCCGAGGCUGGGGCGUCCACAACUGCUUUCACUACGAGGACGUGGCUGUCCUGUGCGAUGAAUUCUUGCCCACGCAACCCCCAACAAGGAAAGCGUUAACCAGUAGGGCAUCUCCUACAACUCCCCAGAACGGAAACGGUGAGGGCAGCGUGCGCCUGGUGGGGGGCGUGGGCCCGUGUCAGGGCCGAGUGGAGAUCCUGCACGGUGGCCUGUGGGGCACGGUGUGUGACGAUGACUGGGGGCUGCCGGACGCUGCCGUGGUCUGCCGCCAGCUGGGCUGCGGGGCGGCCCUGGCAGCCACCACCAACGCCUUCUUCGGCUACGGCACGGGGCACAUCUUGUUGGACAACGUGCACUGCGAAGGCGGCGAGCCCCGUCUGGCAGCCUGCCUGAGCCUGGGCUGGGGCGUGCACAACUGCGGCCACCACGAGGACGCCGGUGCGCUCUGCGCAGUCCUGGGCCGCCCGACUCUCACAGCACCACUAUCCUUGGCCACAAGAGGGGACUGGGCCUGGCACACGGAGCCAGAGGCUACAGGAGUUGGUGCCCUGCCUUCUAGGGAGCCAGCAAUGUUCACCACAGCCGCCUGGGCCGCGGGGAAGAAAAGCGGGCGGCUGCGGCUGGUGGGCGGCCCGGGCCCGUGCCGCGGCCGCGUGGAGGUGCUGUACGCCGGGGGCUGGGGCACCGUGUGCGACGAUGACUGGGACUUCGCGGACGCGCGCGUGGCCUGCCGAGAGGCAGGCUGCGGGCCGGCCCUGGGUGCCACGGGCCUCGGCCACUUCGGCUACGGCCGCGGCCCGGUGCUGCUGGACAACGUGGGUUGCGCCGGCACCGAAGCCCGCCUAAGCGACUGCUUCCACCUGGGCUGGGGCCAGCACAACUGUGGCCACCACGAGGAUGCUGGCGCGCUCUGCUCAGGCCCAGAGGAACUAGUCCAACAGGAUGGUUCUGAGACCACCCGGGUACCCACGCCUCGGCCCAGGGACGUGGCUCCCAGGGCAGCAUCCUCCCAAACCACCGCCUUCUGCCUCCUCUAUCUGCCCCUCCCCUGGCCUCGCUUGGGAGUGGUCUGGCUUGGGCCAGCCCCUUCCAGCCCCAAGCCUUCUCCUCCCACAGGGCAUCUACGUCUGGCCAACGGAGCCCAUCGAUGCGAGGGGCGUGUAGAGCUCUUCCUAGGACAGCGCUGGGGCACUGUUUGCGAUGACGCUUGGGACCUGCGGGCAGCCGGUGUCCUGUGUCGCCAGCUGGGCUGCGGCCAGGCCCUGGCAGCCCCUGGUGAGGCCCACUUCGGCCCAGGACGAGGCCCUAUCCUCCUGGACAAUGUCAAGUGCCGUGGGGACGAGAGUGCCUUGCUGCUCUGCUCACACAUCCGCUGGGAUGCCCACAACUGUGACCACAGCGAGGAUGCCAGUGUCUUGUGCCAGCCGGCAUGACUCAGCCUGUUUGUUCUGCAGACCACCUCCUCUGGGAGCCUCCUGUGACCUGCCCCUCUUCCUCCAGGAAGUCCUCCUGUGAUAACUGCAGUUCACUCUGUCCCUCUCUCCCCUUGUCUGGGAGAGAGCCUGUCCAGUUGGUGUGGUCCUUCCUGGGGGAGCCUGGUUCCACCCCAUCAACUUGGCAUGUGACCUCACCUGUUAUCACCUAACAUGGGUCUAGUUCAAUGAAAGCUCUCGCUUUCUGCUCAGCUAAAAACAGAAAAUAGUGGGAAGGGAGUAACUCCUAACUUUCCUCUUUGGCGGGGCUCCUGUUAUAGCAUCCCUGCUCAGGGUCCAGGAGUUUCAGGGGCUCUCUGUAAAUGGAGUAUCUCCCUUUCCCCAUCCAUCUUGGGAUCCCCAAGAAGAGAGAAGGCAGGAGCGGCCUAUGGCUCUUACCUUAGACUGCCUGGGGCUGCAGAAGAACCUGAGCCGUUGCCCUGACCUUCUCCAUGAGGGCCUAGGCUCAGAUGGUGCUUGGCUGGACAGGGGGACUCGAGGGGCCAAAGCAGGGACAGCGGCCCCUCCCUGCAGCUGAAACCAGCAUCUCGGAUUGAUGCUGCCCCCACCACAGAGCCUCCACUUUGCAGAAGCAAAGAACCGUGGGGGCCUGUAGCCUCUCAUUCCAUUAGGUGCCAAGUUAAUAAAGCAUUGUCCCCUGUUUGUUA